CCGCCGCCCAGGCGUUCCAGUGGCCGCCGCGACUCCUCCCGGGACCGGACCGGGCUCGGCACAACGGGCCUGGAGAGCGAGGCCGACAGCCGCUCCCGGAGCUGGGCGGCUGCGGUGGAGCUGAGCGUGCACCCCGCCUCCCGCUGCAGCCGGGCCCCGGGGGCACCUUCGUCGCUUGCUCCGUCAGCUCGGCUGUGGGAUUGUGUAUCCUGCUAUGAUGCCCGGGCAGAUUCCAGACCCAUCCCUGACAGCUGGAGCUCUUCCUGGCCUUGGCCCCUUGACAGGACUACCCGGUACCACCCUGACAGCAGAAGAGCUGAAGUAUGCUGAUAUCCGCAGCAUUGGGGCCAUGAUCUCACCACUUCAUUUCCUGGAGGUGAAACUGGGCAAGAGGCCUCAGCCAGUGAAAAGUGAGCUAGAUGAAGAAGAGGAAAGGAGGAAAAGGCGCCGAGAGAAGAACAAAGUAGCAGCGGCUCGAUGUCGGAACAAGAAGAAGGAGAGAACAGAGUUCCUGCAGCGGGAGUCGGAGCGCCUGGAACUCAUGAACGCCGAGCUGAAGGCCCAGAUUGAGGAGCUGAAGCAGGAGAGGCAGCAGCUGAUCCUGAUGCUGAACCGCCACCGCCCCACCUGCAUUGUGCGGACAGAUAGCGUCAAAACGCCAGAGAAUGAGGCCAACCCGCUGCUCGAACAGCUGGAGAAGAAGUGAAAAGGGGUCACGGGUGGGCAAAGUCUGUGGCAAAAGACAAAUGCAGAGUCUCUGAGGGCCUCUCAUCUAUGUACUGUAUGAAGAACUGCGCACGAAAGAUUAGUGCAGCCGGAACACGGUGAGCUUCCUUGGGGAUCGCACAUUCCAACCAAAUAGAGAGAAUGGAGGAGAUGACUCCAGGACCCCCGGAAGGGCACACUCUCCUUGCAGGGCUAAGGCUCAACCUGAGAGGGUGAGGCAGGUGUUGCGUAGGAGACCCUCGUCCUGGCUCCUUCAGCUCUUGGAGAAUCCUCAAGCCACCCGUUGCUGUGCAUCCCAAGUCAGGAACAAGUUGGGAGGCUGAGAAGUUGGUGUUGUGGCUUCACACUGCCCCUCUUCCCACGCUUGGCAGAGAAACCAGGACAGGAGGAAGCUGAUGGCAGACAAGGCCGUGCCAGCAUUCGUUCCAGUAUGUUUGCCAUUUGGACCCUGUCUCUGCGUGCGCUCUCUCCAGAACUGAACCCGAAACCAAGAAUGGCAAACACUUGACACAAGUCCUGCCUCAUUGCUGGGCCUGUCUGUGGCACUGUGGCGCAGGCGCCCUCCCACAAGCACACCCUCAGUACAAUGUUUACAGCCCAGCUGUCCAGGCCAUGCUUUUAAAAUGCACAUUUUUACACUUUUUUAUAUUUUUUAUAAAGGUUUUGUUUUUAUACAGCAGUCUCUAUAUGGAAUUAUAUAAUCACUAGAUGUGAUCCCAUAGAUAUGUAUGUUAUUAUGGUCUCUUUGUUACAAAUGCAUAUGCCACAGUUAUCUCCAUUGUGUUACUUGUUUGGUGGCGUCUGGCUCCUUUCCCUCGGCAUGCUGGGAAAUGGUCCUGGGCCUUCACAUUGGCCCCACUGCCAUGUCCAUCCAUGUAUGUCCUUCAUAAUACUCAGUCCUGUAUCUC